AUGGCCACCUUACUCAGACGGCCAGGCAAUCUUGCUCGAUAUUCGAGGAGAGCCGCAGAAUGCAUCAAUCGCACACGUCCGCUGUCUGCGCGUGUUCCACAGUCGAGAUUAUCAUCGUUGAUCGCGGCCCACCGUGUUAGGACCUAUGCUACUGAAACCACCGGGGGUCCGAAGCCCCCGAACGACAAAGGCGGCCAGAACCAUGCAGCGACGGGACCGGGGAAUGACGGCGGUAAACCUGGAGAUGGGAAGACGCCGAAAGAACCCGAGUCCCCUCUUAGUAAGGAGGACCAGGAACAAGUUCAUCUAUUCGUUGACCACCUGAAGAACAAGGUGCCGCCAUCGCAACAUCAGAUGCUGGAUGAUAUGCGGACACUGUUGCUAAGGGAGGGGUUACCGGCGGAGAUGCAGCAGUUCAUCAAGAAGCACAUUCAAUCCGGAAGGCCGGCGUCUCUAAUGGAUUAUGUUAAGUUAACACGAUACAUGUCGCAGCACAUGACCGACUACGCCUACAAACUGAACCAGAUCGAGGAGGAACGGAAUAAGGGGAAAGCCAAGUCAGAGGGGGGUGCACAGGGCGAGCAACAGAAGCAACAACAACAGCAGCAGGAUCAGCAGCAGCAAGAGCAAAAGAAGGGACGAGAUCAGGCGAACAAGCAAACACCUCCGAAUUUCAGGACCUUCGAGUUCAAGUUCGACCCCGCCUCGUUUCUCAUCACCUCGAUCAUCACCUACUAUGUAUACCGCAGCUUCUUUCCUGGGGAAAACAGCAAGGAGAUCACAUGGCAAGAGUUUAGAGCGAACUUCUUCGACAAGGGUCUUGUGGAAAAACUGACGGUUAUCAACCAUGCCGUAGUCAAGGUGGACUUGCACCGCGACGCGUUGGCUCGGGUGUACCCUGACUCGCCGGCGUUACAGCCAAAUUUCCACUAUUACUUUGGUAUUGGUUCCGUGGAUAGCUUUGAGCGGAGGUUGGAUGAAGCUCAGCAUGAGCUUGGGAUUCCAAGCUCCGAGCGGAUUCCCGUCGCCUACGUUGACGAGGUACCAUGGCUUACCACAAUUCUAUCCGUUGCUCCUACUCUUUUCCUGAUAGGUUCUUUCUUCUGGCUGUCGAGACGUGCCGCCGGCGGUGCAGGUGGCCAGAGCGGAAUCUUCGGUAUGGGAAGGAGCCGGGCCAAGCGCUUCAAUCACGAAACCGAUAUCAAGAUCAAGUUCUCCGACGUUGCGGGUAUGGACGAGGCAAAGGUCGAAAUCAUGGAGUUCGUCAGCUUCCUCAAGACACCUGAAAAGUUCCAGAAACUCGGUGCCAAGAUCCCUCGCGGUGCCAUCCUCUCAGGUCCUCCUGGUACUGGUAAGACGUUGCUCGCAAAGGCUACUGCCGGUGAAUCCGGCGUACCUUUCUUCAGCGUCAGCGGUUCCGAGUUCGUCGAGAUGUUCGUUGGUGUCGGUCCUUCCCGUGUCCGUGAUCUUUUCGCCAACGCCCGGAAGAAUACCCCCUGCAUCAUUUUCAUCGACGAAAUCGAUGCCAUCGGUAAAUCCAGAGCCAAGCAGAGCUUCGGUGGAGGUAAUGAUGAGCGGGAGAGCACCCUGAACCAGAUCCUGACUGAGAUGGAUGGUUUCAACACUACGGAACAAGUUGUCGUUCUCGCUGGUACCAACAGACCCGAUGUCCUCGACAAGGCUCUGAUGCGGCCUGGACGCUUUGAUCGGCACAUUGCUAUCGACAGACCAACGAUGGAAGGCCGGAAACAGAUCUUCCGCGUCCACCUGAAGAAGGUUGUGACCAAGGAGGAUAUGGAUUAUCUUGAAGGCAGACUCGCUGCUUUAACACCCGGCUUCGCUGGUGCUGACAUUGCUAACUGUGUCAAUGAGGCAGCUUUGGUUGCGGCUCGUGAGAACGCCGAGUCCAUCACCAUGAAGCACUUCGAGCAGGCCAUCGAGCGUGUCGUCGGGGGUUUGGAAAAGAAGUCACUCGUGCUUUCUCCCGAAGAGAAGCGGACAGUUGCUUACCACGAGGCUGGACACGCCAUCUGUGGCUGGUAUUUCCGUUGGGCGGAUCCUCUUCUCAAAGUCUCGAUUAUUCCUCGAGGCCAAGGAGCUCUGGGUUACGCACAAUAUUUGCCAGCGGGUGGUGACACAUACUUGAUGAACGUAAACCAGCUGAUGGAUCGCAUGGCUAUGACUCUGGGAGGCCGUGUCAGCGAAGAGCUGCACUUCGACACUGUCACCAGCGGCGCCAGCGAUGAUUUCAACAAAGUCACCCGCAUGGCAACCGCCAUGGUAACCAAGUUCGGCAUGUCGCCCAAGCUCAGAUACAUCUACUACGAGGAGGACCCUCAACAGCAGCUUCACAAGCCCUUCUCCGAGGACACCGCUCGGGAGAUCGACAGUGAAGUCCGCCGCAUCGUCAAUGAGGCAUACAACCAAUGCCGCGCCCUACUCACUGAGAAAAAGAAAGAAGUUGGCAUCGUCGCGGAAGAGCUCCUGGCCAAGGAAGUCCUCAGCCGUGAUGACAUGGUUAGACUCCUCGGUCCCAGACCCUAUCCCGACUCUGGGGAGUUCGCCAAGUACUUUGGUGCCGCCCAUGGACAGACCAUUGCUCCUCCGGAGCCUACGCCCCCAAUUGAAGGUUCUGAGGGUGCUAAACCGCCCUCGUAG